AUGAAGGCUACCCCAGGAAUCGACUUGAUUAUCAUCAACGCUACAGUGCAGCAGGCCACCGCCUCCGAUGUAGUUCCCAAUCAAGAUAUCGCCAUCUCCGACGGCAAGAUCGUCCUUCUGGGACAGAAUCUCCCGGCACUCUUCCAUAGCGCAGCAACGCUCGAUGCAGAAGGCGCAUACGUGACGCCAGGUGGUGUCGACAGCCAUGUGCAUCUGCAGCAGGACAACUCUCCGACCGGUGAUACCUGGGAGUCAGGGACUCGCUCGGCCAUCGCAGGAGGGACAACCACGGUCCUAGCCUUUGCCAGUCAGAAACGCACCGAUGAGUCUCUCUUUCCUGUCGUUGAGGAAUAUCACCGAAGGGCCAGCGGCCAGGCUUACUGCGACUACGGCUUCCAUCUCAUCCUGACCAACCCAACUCCAACCGUCCUCGAUAAGGAGCUCCCAGUGCUAGUCAGCAGUGGCAUCAGCUCUGUAAAGCUGUACAUGACAUAUCAGCCGAUGCGGCUGGGAGAUGGCGAGAUUCUGGAUGUCAUGGAGUCCACCCGCCGGCUGGGGAUGACGACGAUGGUGCACGCCGAGAAUCAUGAGAUGAUCCAGUGGAUGACGGAGAAAUUGGAGGCACGCCGCCGUACUGAGCCAUAUGGUCAUGCUCUGGCGCGUCCUAAUAUUGCAGAAGAUGAGGCGACAUAUCGUGUUAUUUCUCUGUCUGAGCUGGCUGAUGUUCCCAUCUUGAUCGUGCACAUGUCGUCCAAGCUGGCUGCGGCACAUGUGCGAGCGGCCCAGACACGGCUGCUGCCGGUCCACGCGGAAACCUGCCCACACUAUCUGUUCUUCACGAGCGAGCGCCUAAAAGAUGAAAACUUUGAAGGAGCCAAAUGUGUAUGCUCGCCAGCGUUGCGAGAGGAUCCGAUGGACCUGGAGGCGAUGUGGGCGGGACUGGCGAAUUCGACCUUCACGACAGUCUCAAGCGACCACGCACCAUCCAAAUUUGAUCAUCCUCUCGGCAAGAAGAAGGGCACAUCCAGCUUCACUCAGAUCCCCAAUGGCUUGCCCGGGUUGGAAACUCGACUACCCACGAUGUUCUGCGGCGGUGUGCUCACCGGUCGCAUCUCGAUCCAGAAGUUCGUCGAACUGACGAGCUCAAACCCAGCCAAGCUGUACGGACUUGGGAGUACCAAGGGGACAAUCCAGCCCGGUUUCGACGCGGAUCUGACGAUCUGGUAUCCCACGCCAGAGCAAGCUGCCUCUCACGGCACGUCUAUCAUGACACCGUUCCAGCUGUCCAACGACAUGCUGCACCAUGACAUCGACUACACGCCGUUUGAGGGAUUGGAGUUCACCAACUGGCCUCGGUACACGAUCCUCCGCGGACAGACCGUGUGGAACCGCGACGCUGGGGGCAUCACCGGCAGCAAGGGAGACGGAGCUUUCCUGAAGAGAGGGCCGAGCACAUUGAGCAAGCCGCGGAAUGUGUUUGUCAAUGAGUUUAAUCCGUACUCUAGUUAG